AUGCCUCAGUAUUUUGCUAUUAUCGGUAAAAAGGAUAAUCCAGUUUACGAAAUCGAGUUUACCAAUACAGAAAAUCCGCAAGGCUUUCCUCAGGAUUUGAAAGAAUUAAAUCCAUUUAUACUGCAUGCAUCACUAGAUAUUGUUGAAGACCUUCAAUGGCAAAUUAAUCCAACCUCACAAUUAAAUGGAAACGGCGGAAAUGGAGCCAAUGGUGGUGGUGGGUUCCUUCGAUCUAGAACUGUAAACAAUACUGAUAACUGUUAUUUAGGUAAAGUUGAUCAUUUUUAUGGACUAGCCAUAACGGCUUAUAUUAGCUAUGGUGGUAUGAAGUUCGUAAUGAUCCACGGAAACUCUGCCAACAGCAGCGUAGUCAUUGACGACAAUAACAUAAGAUCGUUUUAUCAAGAGGUACACGAACUAUACGUAAAGACACUAAUGAACCCGUUUUAUAAGAUCACUGACCCUAUAACGAGCCCGGCAUUCGAUUCGAGGGUAAGGACGUUGGCGCGUAAGCACCUUUCCAAAUGA